AUGUUUUGUUACAGACUCAUUUGGCCAAGGAUACCACCCGUGCUAGGAGAUGUUGCUCGCAGUACUCGACAACUUGCUGCGCCCAGCCAGUUUCUUGUCUCGAUACGUGUCAAGCUCAAUGCAUCCCCUCAGUGCAAGACAGAAGUGUGUGUCACAGGCUGCUUGACUGUCUGCCAGCAGGUGCAAGUUUGUCUGGCCGCAUGUAUUCAACCGUGUGAAGUCCGAUGUCUGCAGACACAACCGCCAACAGUCUGCGUUCCUCUUUGUCAACAGACUUGCACUACCACUUGCCAGCAAACUCAGCAAGCUGUAGUCCCGUGUCAACAAUCGAGCGGACCCGUGUGUCUGUGCAAUGAGGGCUACUCGCAAUGUGGUGGAAUGUGCUGUCGAGUGUGA